AUGGAUGAACAUGAACAUGGACAUGACAGCGGUAUGGGCCACAGCCACAACCUGGACCCUGCGUUGUUUGAGAGCAGUGCCGCUACAAACGAACCCAUUGGUCUUAUCAUGACACUUCACAUCUGCUUCAUGGUGCUGGCUUUUGGCAUACUGUACCCACUAGGCAUGGUUCUCGGUUUAGCAAGAAACAAGUGGCAUGUGCCAGUGCAGGUAUUAGCGAGCGCGGUGUUUGUGGUGGGCUAUUUCUUGGCCCAUGCUCACAACGGAAGAAACUAUGAACCUCACAUUGCCCACAGAUGGUUUGCUCACAUCGUUGUUUGGCCCGUCGUUGGCCAAUUUGGAUUAGGUGUCUAUCUCAAGCUGCACUUGGAAAAGGGCAUAUUAGGUAAAAUUAGACCUUUGCUGACGAAAAUACACAAAUACCUCGGUGCGUCCAUUCCGGUCAUCGGCUAUGUGCAGAUUGUGUUGGGCGUGAUUGCUUCGCUAGGUUUCUGUUAUGGAGAUCAUCAGGGUCAGUGUUUAGCUCAUUUCAUCAUGGGCUCGUCGUUUGUAGCUUACGGCAUUGUUAUGUUGUUGAUGCUUCGUGUUGGAGGCCCUCUGUUGAUCAGAAAUGGAAAGAGUCAAGAGUGGUAUGAUAGCUGGGUGAUACUGGCGUGGGGUAUUGUCAACACAUUUACAGAGCACAGAUGGGGACAAGAUUGGAAUCACGGCGAUUAUCAGCAUACAUCGAUGGGCGUGAUUUGGUGGGCAGCCGGUAUUUUGGGCGUUGUAUUGAGCAGAAAUGGAAAGAGGUCUGUGAUUCCUUCCAUUUUGAUAAUUUUGACAGCUGCUGCUUUCCAGGGCCAUGCUCAGCAUGUAGCCAAUUCUGGCACGAUUCACAGCUAUUUUGGAUACAUGCUGGCAGCUGGUGGAUUGAGUCGCAUCAUCGAAAUCUGCUUUGUGUGGAAACAAGAUGACCCUACCCAGGUGGAUCCAUGGCAGUAUCUCCCUCCUCUUACGUUGGUACUAGCAGGAUUUUUAUUUAUGGGAAGCACAGAAGAGCAACUUGGAUACCUCAGCUUCUUGGAUAUCGAUGUCAUGUCUUAUAUCAACAUUCUAUUGUCAUUUGGCUUUGUUGUGUUUGUCUUUGCGUAUUCAUUGAUUUAUCUGUGGGAAUCUCUAACAAACUAUCCCAACUCACCAAGCACGAAUAGAGGCGGAUACACAGAGGUCGUCAGCGAUCGUGAAACAGUACUGGAUGCUUCGUCUGCGUUCCUGGAUGACGAUGACGAGGAAGAUGACUUUGGAAAUGAUGACAGCCAUCACGAGUCAAUGGAACUCAAAAAUACAAGUAGAUUGAACAGUGUUCCCAGCAAUGCCAUCAUGUAA